AUGUCGUACGUUGCCAAGCGGGGACUGUCCACUUUGAUCCCUCCCAAGAUUGCUUCGGCUCAGAAUUUGGGCGCUGCUCCCAACGCCAAGCGCAUGACUCGCGUUGUUAACUUCUACAAGGGCCUGCCCCAGGGCCCUGCUCCUCAGUCUAAGGCCACCGGCUUCGCUGCCACCUACCGCAAGAAGUUCGUUGACAACGGCUCCAGCCGUCCCCUUGUUCACGGUAUUAUUCUUUUCCUUACUCUGGGUUACUCCUUGGACUACUACUUCCACCUCCGCCACGAGGGUGAGCACUAA